AUGUCUAUGCCGCCUCCAUCCCAGUCCCUCGGCUCGGGCCUCGACUUUAGCCAUAUCAAAUACGGCGAUAAGGCCAAGCGUUUCGCGGCACAAAGUACGCUGGCUAGAGAGAUCCUCAUCCAGAAGUUGCAGGCAUUCCAAGAGAUCAAGGCACUUAUCAAGGUUAUAUUCUCCGAAGGGGACCGUUCAAAGGCCGCCAUCUGGAUAGACGCCCGAUCCAGCCCAGUGAAGCUCCUCGAUUCCGCGCCUGCGGACAACGCUGAGCCUUCUUUCGAGCUCUUGUGGCCUCCAGAGAAGUUCGAAGACUUGAGGGAUGGCCGGGAAGAUCCCCAGACUGCCGUGAUGAUGUCGGCGGGCUCGGGGGGAAGCAAGGGGAACUUGCCCUUGGCGAUUCGCUUCGCCGAUCUCAUUACUCCCGACCCGACCGAGCCGCCCCAGACCGCGGACCAACUCGACCUGAACGAGCUUCCCAAGCCGACGGAGGACAUUGACCAGGUCAAGCGAGACCUCAGAAAAUGGGGCUAUGGGUUGCUCAAGAACGCCCUGACCCCCGAGCAGGUUGCCAUUCUCAAGAAGGGGGCCCAGGAGCAAGCGGCCGGAGAGCGCAAGGCUGGCGUGGCAACUUUUGACGGCGGGCCGAAGAAGCCCAACCAGCGGAUUUGGAACCUGUUCAACAAGGGAGAGGAGUUCCUCGACCUCCUGAACCAUCCCCUAAUCGACGAGGUUGUCCCGUGGUACCUGGGUUGCGACAACCCUCUGUUGUGGUCAUACUCUGUCAACAUUGCCCGUCCUGGGGGCUUGCCGCAGGUCCUUCAUUGGGAUCAGGGCAUCAUGGGCCACGGCCGGGCGAAGGCCGUUGCUCUCAACAUCUCGUGGCUCCUGUGCGACUUCCACGAGAAGAACGGAGGAACGCGCAUCUUCCCCGGGUCUCACGACAAGAACGUCCGGCCGCGGAAUGUGUUCUCAAGCGACGGCUCUAUCGGCUGCGAGGCACCUGCAGGCACUGCCCUGAUCUUCGAAGGCCGAAUCUGGCACGGCACCGGCACCAACACCGAGACGUCGGGCGAGCGGCCGUGCGUGCUGAGCCUCUUCACCCACCCGGCCGUGCGGCCCAAGGAGAACGCGCUGCUGGGCCUGAGCUGGGAGGUCGAGGACCAGCUCCCGGAGCGGCAGAAGUCCCUGGCCGCGCUGCGGACGGGACAGGCCGGCGUCGGCGGGGCCCUGGGGGAGGCGCGCGAGGGGAUCAUCAUCCGGCGGCCGAGGGGGGACGAGCAUAGGCCGGUCGGCAAGGUGAGGGCGCCGCAUGACGACGCCGAGGUGGAGCGGCUGCUGCUGAACGGCGACCACGCCAACAAUGAGCAGUCCAAUGUGCGGGAGGCCGGAGGACUGGACAAGUGA